GCGGCCUUCCUGGUGAACGGGCUCUCCUACGGGCUGCUGCGCUCCCUGGGCCUGGCCCUCCCUGACAUCGCUGAGCACUUCGACCGGACCUCUCAGGACACGGCGUGGGUCAGCGCCCUGGCCCUGGCCGUGCAGCAGGCAGCCAGUCCAGUGGGCAGCGCCCUGAGCACCCGCUGUGGGGCGCGCCCCGUAGUGAUGAUUGGGGGCGUCCUCACCUCCCUCGGCUUCCUCUUCUCGGCUUUCGCGGGAAGUCUGCUGCACCUCUACCUCGGCCUGGGCGUCCUCGCCGGCGCCGGCUGGGCCCUGGCGUUCGCCCCUGCCCUGGGCACCCUCUCCCGCUACUUCUCCCGCCGGCGAGUCCUGGCCGUGGGGCUGGCACUGACGGGCAACGGAGCCUCCUCGCUGCUCCUGGCGCCGGCCUUGCAGCUCCUCCUGGAUACUUUCGGCUGGCGGGGGGCCCUGCUCCUGCCUCUCAAUUCCUUCCCCUUCCUCUCAGGCUUCCUCAGGGAUGAGACCGGAGACUUCACGGCCUCCUUCCUCGUGUGUGGCUCCUUCGUCCUCUCAGGCAGCUCCAUCUACCUGGGGCUGCCUGGGGCGCUGCCCUCCUGCAGUCGGGCCUCACCUCCAGCCACCCCUCCCCCUGAGAGGGGGGAGCUGCUCCCAGCUCCUCCGGGGGCCCUGCUGUCCCCAGGAGGCCCGCAUGCCACUGCCGACACCUCCUGUUGACCAUUUUCUUUUGGUUUGAGCCCCUCCUUCAAUAAAAAAUUUCCAAUGUG